AUGCUGCGGCCGAUAAAGUCUCUUACUGCACUGCUCGUCGGCUGCCUCUUCCUCUUCACCUUCAUCCUCAUCUCCACCACAUCCACCUCUCAACACAGCUACUACAGCCCUCGUCGUCCUUCCUCUCUCAGAGCAAGCCUCAACAGCGACGCAUCCUGUGGAUCCUCUUCUUCUUCUUCUUCUUCGUCAACACCAGUUUCUGUUGAUAACGGCCUUCCAAAGAAGCAAGGAGGGCGCCCUGUCCCGACCAAGGUCACUCGUCAAGUCAGGCCCCUAGCCAUCCUUAUCGCACCCACCCCUCUUGGAAGAGAUCGGUCAUCCAAUGUCGUCAACAUCAAUUACAACCAGGAACAGGAAGAGGAAGAGCGGUACCUGAUGUACGUCCCCUACGCAGGAGUCACCAACCAACUCAUCUCGAUCUGGCACGGAUCCCUGAUCGCCAAGGCUCUGAAUCGGACCUUGCUUAUCCCUAACCUGAGCCCAAACGUCCACGUCGAAUCUUCUGGAGGACAACAGCAGCAGCAGGAGCCCACAACAACGAAAUGGUCAGAGUUUUUUGAUCUGGACGAGUACGCGCGUAGAACUGGGGUGAAGAUCGAGGAGCUGGAUAACUUUUUGGAGCGGAGGGGGAUUGUUGAUCAGGCUACUGUUCACCCGGCGGUUGAUGCUGCUAUCACAAAGGUCCGGGAGGAGGGUCGGUUGAAGAGGAGGAGCUUGAAGAUGAUGAUGAAGAAGCGGUCGGAGGACUUGGCGGAGCCUGGAAAUCCUCAUGCUGAUAGAGAGGACAAGGGAACUGAGCAGGAGAGUCAAAAGAGGCAGAAGAAGACGAGAAGGGCUCACAAGAAGCGAUGGAUCCAGUUCGAGUCCCUUGUCCAGCAGAGCAACCCCAUCGUCUCCAAAUCGUCAUCGUCCUCCUCCUCCUCCGCAGCAGCAGCAGCAACAGAAGCAGCAGGAUUUCAGGAACCGGAAUCAAACCAACCCUUCAAAGCACCAACCGUGAUUACCUCCACAAAGAAAACAACCGUCCGCCCGAUUCGCUUCCCGACAGUCCAGAAAUGCUUCAGCGAAGCCGGCUAUGGGACCGACCGCAGGAUCGACAUGACAGGCCGUCGCUUCAUGCAACGCUACAAUAUCGACUCUACACUCACACCCACACCCUUCCUGGACCCUCUUCGGGAUAACAGUUCGAUCUGGUCACGGUGGAGGAUGGAUAAAGUCAUUGAACGGUAUCAACAGCCUCAGUACGCCCAGGAGGAGAUUCUGUGUCUGGGACAUGUUUAUCGGUUGUUGCCCGGAGGGAACAACAGGGUUUGGACAGAGUUUGGUCAGUACUUUCGCUAUACUGAGAGGGUCCAGGAUUUUGUUGAUCAGAUCUUGGAGGAGCUCUUACCCAAGGAUCAGGACCAAGCCCAAGAACAGAAACAAAAGCACAAAGUGCAGCCGUUUGUGGGACUCCACCUGCGAAGAGGCGACUUUUACCGCCACUGCCUCGGAAUCACAUCCCCCGCAGAUCCUAACGGCUGGAACCGGUGCUACCCCUCGACCGAUCACAUCAUCUCCCUCCUCGACUCUCCCCCCACCGCUUCAACCAAGAAACUCCCAGUCCUAGUCCUGACAAACGAACACGACCCCAAGGAGCUCGCAAAAGCCGAUGCCCAGCACUGGAUCCGCGUCGAUCACGCAAAACUCGGAACGAUCGAAAAAUUCGGCCGGUACGGGCCGAUUCUGAUGGAUGGCGCACUGCUGGCGAGGGCCUCGUUGCUGGUGGGAGUUGAGUACUCGACGUACUUUAGGACCGCUAGUAAACGUGCCGAGACUUGGUAUCGUGGCCAGACUCUCUUUGUCACCUAG